AUGGGUGAUAGUGUAACAUUAGACCCAUACUAUGGUCCUGAAAAUGUUGUAGUAGAACCUGCAAUCACACAUUUAAAUGUUACAGAAGGAACUACAUUAGGUCCUUUACAUUGUUAUGCAACCUGCAAUCCUGGAUGUAAUUACAAUUGGAAACAAAAGUGGACAGGCACCUUCAACCCCGUUCCUAAAGAAUACAUGUUUAACCAAGGCCGGGGUGUAAGGGUUCAAGCCAUAAACAGAAGUCAAACCGGAAAAUACCGCUGCCGGGUAGAUCAUUCUACAGGCUAUGUAUACAAGACAAAAGACACAUUAGUGAAUGUACAGUAUUCUCCGAAAAUAACUGAUAUAUGGUUAAGUUCUGACAGACAGAGAAAUAGAGUACGUAGUCCUGCAGCUUUUUUUUUAAAUGAAGAAGAACAUGUGAAAAUGGCACUGCGUGUGGAAAGUAAUCCUGAUCCGCAAAUAAUGUUUAAAUCUGCCUUGUUGAAAAUUAAACUACAAUAUAAAGGCAAUGGAUAUAUUGAUUACACAUCUAACCUACCUUCUCUUAAAUGUGAAGAUUCUGGAAAUUUCCCAAUUCAGGCUAGUAAUGGGAUACCAUAUGCAGAUACUAGAACGGUGAACUUUAAAAUAUGUUGUAAACCUAGAAACGCCACAUCAAAAUCAAGAACAAUAGGUGCAAAAAUUGAUACAGUAGAAAAUAUAGAAUUUCAAGUUAUAUCAUUCCCGGCACCAAAUGUAACGUGGGGACGUGUUACUGGCUUCACUUGGAAGAUCGAGAAAAACAGAUAUGAAUACAGACACAAAAUUCAUUCCGAAAUACGUAUCAGAUCGGAAGAGGACUUUGGUGUGUAUGUAAUCAACAUAUGUAACGGAUUUGGAUGUAUUGUGGAAAAUAUUACUUUGAAACCGCAAGAUAAGCCAGAAACACCGCAAAAUAUCUCUGUCGUAACAACAACAUUUCGAUCAGUAAAUAUAUCUUGGAUUGCUGGAUUUAAUGGUGGACACGAGCAAACCUUUUCGGUUCAGUAUAAAGCUACAGAUGAUGUAAAAUGGAACACAAAGAGUCUACAAAAUAAUGAUAUUAAAACGGGUAGUACGGUAUACUACACACUAGAUCAGCUGAAACCAGACACGUCAUAUCAAGUAGUUGUUGUGUCAAAGAACUUACAAGGACAAAGGAAUGCAUCAUUUGAAUUUAAAACGGAAGUUGAACCUACUGUUCAAUCGCCAUCAAAAUCAGCCUCCAUGACUCCUAUAUUUAUUGGAAUUGGGUGUGUUAUUGCAGUUAUACUUAUAGUAGUCAGUUCUCUAUAUGUGUUUUGCAACAAAAGAAAUAAAUUUAACACACGUGUUUCAGAAUCAACAGCUGAAAGCAAUGUGUUGUAUGCAGCAGUUGAUAAGGUACAACAGAAAUUAAAACGGAGAAACCCGGGAAACGAAAACGAGGAUUCUACUGAACCUGCAAAUGCUGAAUAUGCAUCUGUUGUUAAACCUAAAUCCAAAUCUAAAAAGGUACAUUACAAAGAAGAUGAAAUUGAAAAAGCAAAUGAUGAAUAUGCAGUUGUGGACAAAUCAUAUAAAAAGAUACAUUACACAGAGAAUGACAACGUUCAUUUCAAUCAAGGCAAUGCAGAUUUGCUGAUACAUCAACCAUUGAAAACAAAACCAUCUGGACGGAGAAAAAAUCAGGAUGGUUUGACAUACAUAGAAGUAUCCUUUACCAGGAAGCCAAAAGAUCGACGUCGUAUCAUUGGAUCAGAAAACAGAACAAACUAUGUUGAUAUAGACUUCACAAAGAAAGCUGACCCAUUACCAGAAAGUUUAGAUGAAUGACCUUUGUGACCUCUAACUCGAGUUUUGUUAUCAACAUUUUAAAUAUACAUGUAUGUUUUACAGUAUGAAGUGUAUCACUUGUAUAUUUACAAAAGAGAGAGAGAGAGACAGAGAGAUAGAGAGAGAGAGAGAGAGAGAAAGUUGUUCUGAUCUUUCAUUUGUCCUCAUGUGCUUUGUUUAUAUGCCAUUUUGGUUUUUUGUUGUUGACAUAUUUGUUUCUUUUUAUAGUGAUUAUGAUUAUAACACAUUGUGACAAUGACAAUAUAGACUGUUGUACCCGUAUUUUGACAUUUGUUUGUAUUGUUUACACAAUGUUGUCAAUAAAAUGGAAAUUAAUGUAAAACAAAAAUGGACUGUUUUACAAGUGAAAGAUUAAGCUAGCUGCAUGUAUAAGACACCAUUUUUUACACGAUGAAAUUUCCUGGUCUAUGUCAGGAAUAUGUUAGUUUCUUUUAUUGGUUUGUGUUUAAGCUUUUGAUUUUGCCAUAUGAUAAGCGAAUUCCCGUUUUGAAUUUUGCUU